AUGUCAGGAGUACCAAGGGAUGUCGCCCAACAUUCCCUUGGGGUCCCAGUCAAUGCGACGCCAAGACAACAGGCGCGACGGAGCUUUACGGGCGACAAGCGGAAAGCCAUUGAGGAAGAGGUGGCGCGCCUGCUGUCGGCGGGGUUAAUCCGUCCAGUGAAAUACCCGAAGUGGCUGGCGAAUGUGGUCUUGGUAAAAAAGUCCUCGGGGGCUUGGCGAAUGUGCGUCGAUUACACGACGAUCAACAAAGUGUGCCCAGGGGAUCCCUACCCGCUGCCGCGCAUCGACCAACUGAUCGACCAUGAAACACUGUCUUUCCUAGACAUGUUCUCAGGGUACCACCAAAUCCCAAUGUCGCGCGAAGACGAAGAGAAGACAGCCUUCAUGACGCCGUUCGGAAACUUCUGUUUCGUCGGAAUGCCAUUUGGACUGAAGAACGCUGGCGCGACAUAUCAGAGGAUGAUCGACACGGUGUUUUCACAACAAAGGGGGCGCAACAUUGAGGCGUAUGUGGAUGACCUCAUCGUCAAUACCAAGGCAGGGAAGUCACAUUUGGAUGACUUGCGCGAGACAUUCGAAGCGCUGCGCAAACACAGUCUCCGCCUGAACCCGCUGAAAUGCGUGUUCGGAGUAGAAGCCGGAAAAUUCUUGGGAUUCAUGAUCACCAAGCGCGGCAUCGAAGUCGACCCAAAGCAAAUCACCGCAGUCCAAGGCUUGCGCGCGCCAAGAAACACAUUGGAGAUCCAGUCUCUAAACGGGAAAAUUGCGGCGCUAGGAAGGUUCAUCCCAAGGUCAGCAGACAAGUGCGCCCCAUUCUUCAAGACACUGAAAAACGGCGCGCGAUUUGCAUGGACCAAGGAGUGUGAAGCGGCCUUGCUAUAG